AAAAGAUAUUGGAUAUUGGAGCACCCGUCAGUCUAAACAUUUUCUGAACGGCGCACACGUGAAUUAGAGAAUGACGUUAUCAGCUGUCUCGGAUGAAGCAGAAGCAUUUAAAGAAGAAGCCAACAAAUAUUUCAAAGAUGGAGACUAUGAUAAAGCAAUCGAAGCAUACACAAAGGCAAUAGAAAUUCGAGAAACUGCUGUUUAUUUGGCUAACAGAAGCCUCGCUUAUCUUCGCACCGAGUGUUUUGGUUAUGCUUUGGAUGAUGCUUCUAAAGCCAUAGCUUUGGAUAGCUCCUAUGUGAAGGGUUAUUAUCGCAGAGCAUCUGCACAUAUGGCAUUGGGUCAGUACAAGGAGGCGUUGGCAGAUUACGAAACCGUUAUUCGAGUUGCACCUAGUGAUAGAAUGGCUCGUGAGAAAUUAACUGAAUGCCGGAAGAUAAUUCGUCGCAAAGCAUUUGAAAAAGCUAUUGCAAUAGAAGAUCAACCAUCCCCAAUAGAAUCUUUUGAUUUAUCAACAAUCACCGUAGAAGCUAGUUACGAUGGCCCUCACUUAGAACAAGAUAGCAAUGGAAAAUACUUUGUUACGGAGUCUUUUAUGUUGGCUUUAAUGGAACAUUACAAAUCCCAAAAAAUAUUACACAAAAAAUAUGCCAUAAUAGUGAAAGAUGAAGGUUACGAAGUUGCUCACAACGGUCGCUGUAUCACUGUUUUCUCAGCUCCUAAUUACUGUGACACAAUGCAUAAUCGAGGAGCUUUUAUUACUUUGAAAGGUAGUGACAAACCCGGUGAAAUGGCUCCAAAAUUUACUAGCUUUAAGGAAGUACCUCAUCCAGAUGUGCGCCCAAUGGCUUAUGUCAAUCCAUUACUUUCUAUGUUCAUGUGA